AUGGAACGUAUGAUUGAUGAUAUUAUUGAUCAAAUUUCAUCUGUGAAAUGUUUUCAUAGUAAUGUAACUUGUUUACUCAAUUUACCAAAUAAAAUUCUCCUGAUGAUUUACCGUUAUUUAUCAGUAUAUGGUGUUCUUCAUUGCUUUUAUACGUCUGAAAGAUCAAAUUCGUAUCUCCACGAUUCGAUUCAUGAUUAUUAUACAAAGAUCUAUCUUGGUGUAAUGUCAUUUCAUGAAUGUGAUUAUUUAUUAAAGUUAUUUUUAAAUUCAGAUAAUCCUCUUCGAUCUAAAUCAUUAAUAUUAAACAAUGAACAUGGAUUUUAUUUAGAUAGACAUUAUUUUUUCUUUUUACGUAAUAAUAUAAUUCAAUCAAUAUUCAUUAUUUUGACACAUCUUACUGUAAUCAAUUGUACAUUCACUGAUUUUGAUAUUAUCGCUAGACAUUAUGAAGACUUUACAAAACUUGAAUAUCUUCAUGCUACUAUUCUCAAAUGUGAUACCACCAAAGAUAUUGAAUCUAUACUUAUUCAUAUGCCAAAUCUUCGUAAAUUAACAUUAAGUAUUCGUGAUACACUUGAUUCAAGAUUUGUUCAUGAAUUGAAAAUGGAAUCUAUGUUAAUUAAACAUGUGCCUCAUCUUGAUAAAUUUGAUUAG